AUGGCCGAUAAGAUAUCUUCUUCCAAGUCAAAGGACAAAACAAAGGACAAGGACAAGGACAAGUCAAAGGUCCACAAACUAGCCUUGAAAGGCAGCGCCAAACUUGUUGCCGAGUUCUUUCAAUACUCCAUCCAUACCAUCCUCUUCCAACGUGGGGUCUACCCGGCCGAAGACUUCACCGCCGUCAAGAAAUAUGGCCUCAACAUGCUGGUCUCGGCUGAUGACCAGGUCAAGGCAUACGUCAAGAAGAUCAUGUCCCAGCUAGACAAGUGGAUGCAACACGGCAAGAUCAGCAAGCUCGUCAUUGUCAUCACAGACAAGGAUACCGGCGAGCACAUCGAGAGGUGGCAGUUUGACGUGCAGAUCUUUGGCAGCCUCAACAAGUCGAGCAAGUCCAGAUCGAAAGAGCCGCCCGCCGCAGACGAGAACGUCGAUGCGGCCGCCAAAGGCAGCACCGUCCCCGACACGGACAAGACUGAAGCCGAGAUACAAGCCGAGAUUGCCGCUCUGUUCCGCCAGAUCACCGCCAGUGUCACAUUCUUGCCACAGCUCCAGGGCGACUGCACCUUCAAUGUCCUCGUCUACGCAGACGCUGACAGUGACGUUCCUGUCGAAUGGGGCGAUUCCGACGCAAAAGAGAUCGUCAACGGCGAGAAGGUCCAGCUGAGAGGCUUCAGCACGAGCAACCACCGUGUCGAGACCCUCGUGAGUUAUCGCCUGGGAGAGUAG